AAACGAGGCAUAGAAAUAUGGCCAAAGAAAACAUACAGAUUAAGACGCUGUUGAUUUUUCAUCGGGAAGGUAUGAAUAUUGAUGUGAUAUUUACUUUGGAAAAGAUGAUAGCGAAAACUUUUUCGAUUGUUACUAUAAGCAACAUGUAGAUAUUAAUUGAGCAAAACGCACCAUCACCUUGUGGAAUCUUUCAGUCAGAAUCAGAUGUUGCGUAGCUAUUGUUGCGCAGUUUGAUGGAAUAGGCUAUUUGUUGAGAAAUUAUUUAUUUGCGUCAUUAUUGUUCACUCGCAAUUCUAAUUGCACUUUUUUGUUGUUGUUGUUGUUGUUACUGUGUUUUCUUUCAAAUCAGGAAACAUUGCACAAUAUACAUUGAGCACCUUUCUGAUAUUAAACUGAUGCGCAUAGAGGAGGAAAAAAGAGAGUGUGUGUGACAGUGAGAGAGAGAGAGAGAGAGAGAGAGAGAGAGAGAGAGAGAGAGAGAGAGAGAGAGAGAGAGAGAGAGAGAGAGAGGUUAGUUUAGACCAGGUGAUAGAGCCACAACAAACCUCCAAGGGGCAGGUGGUUAGGAUCAUUUUGCCCAGGAUUCUUGUUCCGAUCAUGGUGCCAGCAGCCUGUCCCGGACCCUUUGCCAUGCUGGCUCUCGCCUUUCUCCUGGGAUGUGGCAUAGGGCUCUGUCUGGGCCAAAAUGACACGGAGCCCAUCGUUCUGGAAGGGAAGUGUCUGGUGGUGUGUGACUCCAACCCCUCUUCUGACGGCGGAGUCACCUCUUCGCUUGGGAUAUCUGUCCGCUCCGGCAGCGCCAAAGUGGCUUUCUCGGCCGUCAGAGGGACAAACCACGAACCUUCAGAGAUGAGCAAUACAUCCAUGACCAUCUAUUUUGACCAGGUCUUAGUAAACAUUGGCAAUCAUUUCGACCUAAAAGCGAGUGUGUUCACUGCACCACGAAGAGGAAUAUACAGUUUCAGCUUUCAUGUGGUCAAGGUCUACAACAGACAAACCAUACAGGUUAACCUUAUCCAGAAUGAAUACCCGGUCAUAUCUGCUUUUGCUGGAGAUCAGGAUGUCACGCGGGAGGCAGCGAGUAACGGAGUGUUACUGAUGGUGGAGCGCGAGGAUCGAGUCUAUCUCAAGCUAGAAAGAGGGAAUCUAAUGGGCGGAUGGAAAUACUCCACGUUCUCUGGAUUUUUAGUCUUUCCUCUAUAACUGACUCUCAAACGUGUUUACGCGAGUGACAUUUUCAAAAGACCGAGGAAGAACACGUAUCAGUUCUUUUUAACAAAACUGUUUGCGAUGCAGACAAAUAGCGCGCACGUAAAAAUAUAUAUAGCAAAACUGAAUAUGGACGCGUCCGCAAGGAGUUCCAGCCUUUUUUGGCCAUAGCGAUUCUGAGAGUAAACCGGUCGCGUUUGUUCAUGGAUUUUAUCCACAGGACACAAUUCGCAACUGGACCACUAUAUAAAUGAGAAGAUAUUUAUGAGGAAGAACUUCAAUCCCGAACUAGAUGUAUUUAUCAGUGCUUUAUUUUGUGUUUGUAUAGCCUUAAUGAUUCGGCUUCCGUCCAGUGAGGUGUGUGGUGGACCUGCGAAAGUGCUUUUUGGCCCCAAAGCAUUUUUGCACGAAUGGAAGAUCCUGUUUUGUGCUGUCAAUGAUGUGUAGUUUGGAUGAUGGGGGGGGGGGAAUCAUAUAUCACCCAAUGGAGACGUCUUAAAACUUUUGCUGGACAUCUAAUUUAUUAAAUACGUAUUUACAUUAUGGUGUGUUCUACAUUCCGGAUAUAAGUAGCUUUGAUUGAUUUAGUGUUCAGUGACAAUGCUCACAGAUGUAAGUUGUGGAAAAAGAAAAGUCCCUAUAUAAUGUCCCGCCUAAUAAAAUAUUGUA